AAAAAAACAAAACCAAAAGAGGAGGGAUUGUUUGAGCAAAGUUGAAAUCAAAGUAAAGUCCAUGGAAAUGAAAAUGGAAGUAGACACUGAAAACAGAGAAGAAGAGAAGGAUCUAUUCAAAGCAGCUGAAGAAGGAAAUUCAUCAAUCUUCGAAUCACUGUCCCCUCAAUCACUCUCCAAAUCACUCUCUCUAAGAAACGAAGACGCUCGCUCUCUUCUCCAUGUCGCCGCUUCUUCUGGUCACUCCAAGGUGGUGAAGAUAUUGUUGUCUUCUGAUGCAUCGGCUGAGGUGAUAAAUUGUGGAGAUGAAGAAGGGUGGGCACCGCUUCAUUCUGCUGCCAGCAUUGGGAAUUUGGAGAUAGUAGAGGCUUUGUUGAACAAAGGAGCUGAUGUUAACAUAAAAAACAAUGGAGGACGCACUGCCUUACACUAUGCAGCCAGCAAAGGUCGGAUGGAGAUUGCUGAAAGACUCAUCUCUCAUAAUGCCAAGCUUAAUUUAAAGGACAAGGUUGGUUGCACUCCGUUGCAUCGGGCAGCUAGCACUGGGAAUUCUGAGUUGUGUGAAUAUUUGAUUGAAGAAGGAGCAGAUGUUGAUGCUGUUGAUAGAGCUGGUCAAACUCCUCUAAUGAAUGCCGUGGUUUGUUAUAACAAAGAGGUAGCUCUCCUUCUUAUAAGGCAUGGAGCAGAUGUGGACGUGGAGGACAAAGAAGGGUACACAGUGCUUGGUCGAGCCGCCGAUGAUUUUAGAGCAAUAUUAAUUGAUGCUGCCAAGACCAUGAUUGAGUGAUCCAAGCAAAAUAUAAUGAGAAAAUUAUAUGUAAUGCAAUAUAGAGCAUUAUUAUGAUGUAAAAGAAACAAGUUUUUUGCUCAACAUCUGUUUUAUUUGUCUGACCAGUUAGAGCAUUGAAUGUUCUGCAUUUUCAUUAACCAACCUUGCAUUUGUCUCUUUUUAACAAGAUUGGUGGUUGUUUAUGACAAACACUUAUGUUUAUAGAUGUACUCCCUCCGUUUUCAUUCAAA